UGACACGCUGAUCAGUGAUGGGUCUGUGGAUAAGACAAUUGGAUCUAUUGGGCAUGCUAAGGGCUGGUUUACAUUAGACCGUAUCUGUAUCUGCAUUGUUUCGAUUGUAAAUGCAUUGCCCAUGCACAUAAAAACGCAGAAAAAAUAACUCCACAGGUGGAAUAAUUUGAAUCAGCCAGGGUUCUGAUCUACCUAGAUCUGGUUUACAUCUGAUCCGGCGAUACGUUAACCCUGGGAUCCGAGGAUAUGUUGCUCAACAUACCGGUAGCUUUUCUACAAUACGGUUGUGAUUCAAUAUAUAUAAUGGUCUUUACCCAGGUAAUUCCCACUGUAAUGACGGACUGCUGCUGGAGACUAAGGAGAGAUCUUCAGCAUGUCCUGGAGUCGGUGAUGUGGACGGGAUGAGACACUGUGUGGGCAGGGUGGCAGACUAUUGAUGCCGUCAUGGGGGGAACCCUGUCCAGAUACUCGCCUUUCUUCUUCUUCCUCAUGAUUGCAGCGGUCUUCCUCAUCCUACACAACAUUCACUUCCUGGAGAGGUUCAAUUCUGAGCCAGUGUCCUGUCUACGUCCACCUCAACCUCGUAUCAACAACAGCUCUGUCAUCAAUACCUCUGCAAACCUCACCUCAAGAACUUACCUCCACACCUUACCUCCAGAGCUCCAAAGUCAGAAGUCUUGCCCUCACGUGGGCCAGCAGCCCACCCCGGAAGAGGCCCAAGAGCAGCGCACUCUCCUGGACUCUAUCGCCUGGCCUGGGCCCCCGAGACUGGAGGUGCCGGUCAACCAGAGCAGUGACCCGGCCCAUAGCUACUUUGUGAUCCAGCCUCCCGUCAAUGCCUCUGGCCAGGCCACGACGUGGCGGGUUGGGGGCAAGCUGGAGGUUCUGGUCCACAUGCAUGACUUCCUGAGCCGGCCCAAGAGCUAUGGAGGGGACUUCCUACUGGCCCGGAUCCGAUCUGUACAGCUUGGCGCCGGUGCGUCGGGCCGGGUGGUUGACCGGCAGAACGGGACUUAUGAGGUGGAGCUGCCGCUGCUGUGGGCAGGGGCAGCACAGGUGGAGAUAACCCUGGUGCACUCCAGCGAGGGGGUGGGCGUGCUCAGGCGCCUCAGAAAGGAGCAGUCGGACCGGGUCUACUUCAAGAGUCUCUUCCGAUCUGGUGGGUUGUCCGAGACCACCCAGUGUGACAUGUGUCUUCCCACUGGGCCAGGGAAGGCGCCACUGUGCGACUACACGGACCCGCAGACUGGUGAGCCCUGGUACUGCUACAAGCCCAAACGGUUGGGCUGCAACAGGCGUGUCAACCAUUUUAAAAGUGGCUACAAGAAAAACCUGCUCUACCCCAAUGAGUCUUUGCUCUUCACAAGUUCGACCAUCCAAAUUCCUGUUAAGGCACAGGGGAUGGAUCACAUAACCAUUCUACCUGCAGAAAAUGGCCAGUCUUUGGUUGGCCAGGACCAAUCAAAGUUUGUGCCGUCUGGGUAUUACCACCAAGGCUCCUGGAGGACUCUAUCUGGCGUCCCCAUCAAACACUUUAACAACCCUGCUGCAGUCAAACAAUGCCUGAAAGGAAAACUGUUUUACCUGUUUGGAGACUCCACAGUCCGACAGUGGUUUGAGUACCUCACAGCCUUUGUCCCAGAGUUCAGCCUGCGCAGCCAAAAGAACGUGGGUCCUUUCCUGGCGGUAGACAGUGCCAACAACAUCCUGUUGACGUUCCACUCCCACGGCCCUCCCAUCCGCUUUAACACCUUGCAGUCCAGCGAGAUAGAAUAUGUGGCCAAUCGCAUAGACGCGCUGCGUGGGGGCCGGGACACCAUUGUGGCUCUGAGCCUCUGGUCUCACUUCAGUACCUUUCCCGUGGAGGUGUAUAUCCGGCGGCUGCGCCACGUCCGGCGUGCUGUGGCCAGACUGCUGGACCGGGCACCGGGCACACUGGUGGUGGUGCGCACAGCAAACCCCCAGAUCACAGAUCCGAACUACAGCCUGUACAACAGCGACUGGUAUUCCCUGCAGCUGGACACGGUGCUGAGGGCCAUGUUCCGUGACGUGCGGGGAGUGGUGCUACUGGAUGCCUGGGACAUGACACUGGCGCACCCCACCCAACCUCGCCUCCUGCACCCGGCCAAGGAGAUCAUCAGCAAUAUGGUGGACAUCAUCCUGUCUCACGCUUGCCCAGUCAAACAAAAGGGGUGAAGUUGGAGGGCACUGAACAUUUGAAGUCAAGUGUGUGUGUUUGUGUGUGUGUGUGUGUGUGUGUGUGUG